UGCCUCUCUCCUGCAAUGCCUCCCUCCUGCAAUGCCUCCCUCCUCCGCUGCGUUCUCGCUCAAGCCAAACCCCCGGGCACCAUCGCAACGUUCAAAGUUCGCCCGAUGAACUUGAGCACAGCAGCUUGGCCGCAGCUUCGCGUGUAAUGGACGGACAGCAAAUCCACGACAGCGUGAAGGACUACUAUGGCAAGAAGCUUCAGACCUCCGAGGACCUGCAGACUGAUGUGGCGUGCACCCUGCCUGCCAAGAAACCCAGCAAGAUGAUACAGGACGCGAUGGCUCUCAUACACCCCGCCAUCAUGAGCAGGUACUUUGGCUGUGGCCUGGUGGUGCCCGAGUGCCUGGAUGGCUGCUCCGUGCUGGACCUGGGCAGUGGCUCUGGCCGUGACUGCUUCCUGCUCGGCAAGCUCGUCGGAGCCCAGGGCAGUGUCACCGGCAUCGACAUGACGAUGGAAAUGAUUGAGACGGGGAAUGCGCACGUGGAAUACCAUCGCGAGCGGUUUGGCUACGCCAAGUCCAACGUGAAUUUCGUCGCCGGUUACCUGGAGAAGCUGGGAGAGGCUGGGCUUGGAGAUAACACCUUUGACAUCAUCGUGUCCAACUGCGUCAUUUGCUUGUGUCCGGAUAAGAAGCUGGUUCUCAAGGAAGCAUACAAAGUUCUUAAGACAGGUGGAGAGAUGUACUACAGCGAUAUGUACGCCAAUGCUGUCGUGCCCAGCGAUAUCAAGUCAAGUCCAUGCCUCUGGGGGGAAGGCAUGGGUGGGGCCAUGUUCUGGAAGGAGCUGAUCGGCGUCUCUCGGGCCCUGGGGUUCAGCCGCCCCUACUUGGUGACGGCCAGCCACAUCACCAUCACCAACGCCGACACCUGCAAGAAACUCGGUCCCCUGCGCUACGCCUCGGGCACGUACCGCAUGUUCAAGCUGCCAUCGGAGGGGACUCCGCCUGGACCUGGCUCUCGAGUGACUUACCUGGGUUCGGCCCCAAACUGUGGCGACACGUUGGCGUUCGACCACCAGCACACCUUCCCGCGCGGAGAGCCCGUGGCGGUGGACGCGGAGUUGGCGACCGUCAUCCGCACCUCGCGCCUCGCCCCGCACUUCUCUGUGGAGCUCGGUGAGGGAGCAGAGUCCGGCACAGGAACUGCGGAUGACUCCUGCAUGGACCCCUUCUCUCUGGCUGCGCAGCUUGGGUCCUGUGUGAGCAAACGCAAACCCAAGAGCAACUGAACAAAUCGGUUCAAGUGGAAGUCGUUCGAGUCCUGUUGCGUAACAUUGCUCGAUGACAAAACCAGACUUGUGAUGGAAGUUUUAGUGAGGGGGGGGCCUAUGAUAACAAAGUCAAGUUCAAUUUGUUUAACCAGGUGGGAACUUAAACGAAGCUACUAUUUUUAUUU